AUGUUGUCUCUCCGUCUAAUCUGCUUCCUUACAGCACUCGCUCUAAGUGGCCUUGGUAGCGCAGCACCCUACAACACCUUUGACGGACCCGGGUUCCCCGCCUGCAACAAUGUGGCAGCAGUCCGUAACGCAACCAGCGUGGACGACAUUCAAUCCCUUGUCAAAGAUGCCAUCGCCGCUGGCCAGAAGGUUCGUGCCUCAGGUAAAGGGCAUAUGUGGUACGAUACCAUGUGCUCGGACGACCCGAACACGGUCAUCAUCCGCACUGAGGAGGUUCAUGGCAUCUCCGAGUUCGACCUCGACGCCGGCACCGUAGUCAUUGAAGCUGGCGUUACGUUCUUGCAGUUGGCGGAGUAUCUCCAUGCCAGAGGUGCGUCGGCGGGGUACACGCUUGUUAACUGGAACAUCACCCUUGCCGGGUGUGUCGCCAUGGGUGCGCAUCGGUCUUCGAUCCGCGAGGAUUCGAUGGUGGCUGCCGGAGUGUUGGAGCUGGAUAUUGUCGAUGGCAACGGGGAGUUGAGACACAUUGUGAGGAACAAUGAUGACGACGAGUGGCUUGCUGCCUCGACUUCGCUUGGCUUGUUGGGCGUCAUUGUGAGGAUGAAGUUUAAGAUCUACCCCGACUUCAAGGUCUACGCGGAUCAGAAGACGCUGGAAGAGAAGGACGUUCUUGAUGGUGACAUCUAUGGCAUGAUCGCUCCCUACGCGACAGCCAACUUUUGGUGGUGGCCCUACAAGCGCAAAUUCCACCACCGCUACUACGACGUUGUCCUCACCAACACCAGCUCCCAGGAAGGUUUCCAAAACACCUUCUCCGUCACUGACCUCGAGGGCACCACGGCGCGCACUCUCCUCGACAGCGGCCGCUACCUGCCCACCUCCAACAUGCUCGCCGAGGAGAUCUUCUUUGGUCUCUGGUCCAAGCCAAACUUCCGCGAGAAGACGACCAACGAGCCCAUUGAGAACUGGCCCGUCUACGGGUGGAACUACGACGUGCUCAUCGGCGGGCUGUACCCGGACCAGAAGCCCCUCUGGGAGGUCGGGGUCCAGGGAUACACGCUCGAGCUGGCGUUCCCGAUCACGCAGGCGAACGCGAUGCUGAAGCGCGUUAGGCAGCUGUUCGAUGACGAGUUGAAGAAGCUCAUCGUCAUGACCUCGACGUACCGCAGCGGUGUCAACAUCAAGUUCGGGAGGCCUUACUUUGACUUCUUGGGGCAGGUGACGUACAAUACGUCUGAUGGGGCGGAUUGGAGCAAAGGGGUUAUCAUGCUUGAUUUCCCUAGCUUCAGGCCUACGGUCCUCAUUGCCGAGUUUCCCUGCCGCCCGCACUGGACCAAGAACACCAGGGAGAUCUUUACCCAAGCAGCGAAGAACAUUGACCCCGAUCAUAUUGCGCGCUUCAAGGCUGUGAGGGAGCGGUUUGACCCGAACGGAGUUUUCAGGAGCGUCGUCGGCGAGGCCAUCGGGGUCUACUGA